AUGAAGGUGAUUUUAAAAUGUACAAGAAAUUCAAAACAAAUUCUCAAAAGAUUCCAUUCCAAAGAUGCAAAGAAUUUGAUAAAACAACAUACAGAGAUUAGUAGAGAUCACUUAACUCCAGAGAUAGCUCUACAUCUAAUAACACAGAAUUGUCAACUGUGGCACUCCCAUCCUGAUACUUGUCCAUUUAUUGACCCUUUCUGGGCAUUUUAUUGGCCUGGAGGUCAAGUUCUCUCUAGGUAUAUUCUGGAUAAUAAAGAAUUAUUUGAAGGAAAGACUGUGAUAGAUAUUGGUGCUGGUUGUGGUGCUACAUCAAUAGCUUGUAGUCUAGUUGAUGCUCAUCAUAUUAUAGCUAAUGAUAUAGAUAAUGUUGCUUGUGAGUGUAUAGAAUUAAAUAGUGAAUUAAACAAGACUUCAGUGACCACAUCAGCAGUUAAUCUUUUGGGAGGAAAUGACUUAGAGUGUGAUAUUUUAUUAUUGGGAGAUAUGUUUUAUGAUGAAAUUACAACAAAUACUAUCAGCGAUUGGUUAGAUCAUAUAGGGUCAUGCCCUACAAACAUUCUUAUUGGUGAUCCUGGCCGUCACUCAUUUAAAAAUCAUCCAAUGAAAAACAAGUUAGAGAAAGUUGGGACUUAUGAUUUGCCUGCAAGUUGUGUGUCAGAAAAUAAUGGUUUUACUUAUGCUAGUGUUUGGCAAUAUAGGCCUUCUUGA